AUUUUCUUCUCAUCCAACUCAACUCAUGCACUGCGCGACACUACUGAGCUACUCGCAUGCACCCCCCAUGAUGACCGCAGAUCGAUGUUUUCUCUUCUUGGAGAUGAUGGAUGGAUGAUGGGACCCAAUCAUCGGCUCUUAUUCUGGGUACCACCCGCUUCUCGAAACCCAUUUUAUAAUCUAUGGAUUGCAUCAGUAAUGCCCAGAGGUGGUGUUGAACUUGAUUUGAGUCAUAUGGCGCAUGGGACGCACUGGAAGCACUGCUACGAGUGA